ACCAGUAUAUCUGUUACUGCUGCAAUCGGCUUGCUGGUCAUCGCCCGCAGCAUUCGAGUGUACCAGCGAUUCCGAAGAGUGUCAGACAUCCCAGAGGAGUUUAUCAGCAAAAACAUGAAGCUGUAUGGUCGCUUUGUGGCAUUGCGGAAAGAACCAGUCCACAUUAUUGUGCAGCAUACGCCAAUUGUAAACUUCGAGUGGCGACAGAAACGAGAAAGUGAUUCCGGCAGCGGGUUGCCGGUACAUCUCGCUGGUCUGGAGCUUCAGGAAGGAAGCUUGGAGUAUCUCCAAGACAGACUUGGCGCUCAACCCUCGCUACGGUUCCACAUGCUGUGUGUGAACGAAGCAAACGGACCUCGACUGCGUUGUAGACCUCGUGAAAUGGAAGGAGCGUUAUCGAAGCCGAUACGCCCAAACACACAAUCAUUGCCUUUUAGAAGGACCUCCUUGAACGAAGAGCUCCUAAGGCAGGGCUUGGCCAAGGUAUCCCCCCUCGGUGGCCUACGGGACCAUAAAUUGCAGACGAGGCUGACCCAGAGACUCCUCGCAGCCGAGCUGCGCGCCGAGAAGAAGUCGCGAGGGGUUGUGGACUCGGGAGCGCGAGCCGACAAAGCUGGACGCUGCCAUGGCGGGACUUGUUAA